AUGCUCACAUGCUUUUGCUGCAAAAGAUUUUACAAUCUAAAUGAAAGAAAACCUAUACUUCUUCCUUGCAGUGAUGUAUUUUGCCAAUAAUGCUACAAUAUCUAGAAAGAUCAGGUAUAAAAUUAGCAAAUUUAAUGCCCCUUUGAUGCCGGACAUCUUUGUCCUAUUGAUCAGCCAAUUAUGUAGCCAUUAUUUCUGAUAAGAAACCUAGAAAAUUAUCGUUUCUACCUCAUCAAAUGUGACGAGCAUCCAGGCGAGGAAUCAGACUUUUACUGUAGACACCAAAAUAAAUUUCUCUGUCACAAAUGCUUGUUGUAAGAUCCACAUCAGCAUUUAGUUGCUGACCCUUCAACACAUUUCGAUUUUGAUUAAAAAUUCUUGAAUGAAUCAUUUCAAUAGAUGUACUCUGCUAUUGAUGAUUAAAUAAAGUAAAAUCUAAGGGAUAAAAAUGCUUAUGUUUAAAACUAUGUCUUCAACUUUUCGUAAUACUUUUCCUUUAACUCUUACUUUAGGCCAACUUUUAGACAAAUUAAUUAUCAUAUACAAGAGUAAAAAGCAAAAAAUGCCAAAUUAGAAGCUGAUACAAUAAACAAGAUACCUGAACAAGAUAUUGAAAAGUACCUAUAAUUCAGAAGACUUGUGGAUCUUUAAAUAUUAAAUAAUGAAAAUAAACCAGCUCAUUUAAAAAGUUUAUUCAAAAUUAAAGGAAAUACAAGACUAUUAUAUAAGGCAACGAGGGAUAAAUUUAAGGCAGCUAGUUUCCAUGAGAAAUGUGAUAACCAAGGACCGACUGUUUCUUUUAUUCUAAGUGAGCACGGACAGGUAUUCGGUGGCUACACAUCUUUAUCUUGGUCCUCUCCCCUUAAUGAUGAAAGAAAUAUAGAUAGUGAUGCAUUCAUAUUUAGUUUGAGCAAAAACACUAUUCAUUAGCAAUAUCAACACUUUGAUUCAGCAGUUUGCCAUAAAUCAGAAAGAUUAAUGCUAUUUGGCUAAGGCUGCGAUAUUCGUAUUUAUGAUAAUUGCAAUAAUAACAGUAAAAGUUAUUGUAAUCUGGGGUAUACAUACAUGCCUCCUUAUGGUUUUAAGAAAGGUGAUUAGUAAUGUUAAAAUUACUUAGCAGGAAGUUAUGAAUUUAAAGUUGUUGAAAUAGAAGUAUAUUAAGUUACACUCUGA